AUGGAGACUUCAGGACCCUCCUCCCAAACCCAAGACCAUAGUCGAGUCCAUGGACAAGCAGAAGGUAGAAACUAUGGACGGACGGAUUCCCACACCCAGGACGGGGAGGCCGGGCUCUUCUCUCAAGAAGGAAAUGAGAAAGACAAGUCUUCUUCCUCCUCCUCUUCCUCCUCGUCCUCUUCCUCCUCCUCCUCUUCCUCCUCGUCAUCUUCCUCUGCCUCAGAGAGCAGUGAUGAGGACCGGCUCCCCGGAGUACCCGGAAAACGUCGGCAGAACCCAGGGGCUGCACGCCCCCCUGGGGACCGCUCACCCUGUCCUGAGUCCCACGAGCCCAGCAUUUUGAAGGAUGAGCUUCAACUCUAUGAAGGUUCCCAUGGAGAGCUGGUACCUUCUGAGGAGUCCGGACUCCGGAGGAGAGGCUCAGACCCAGCAAGUGGGGAAGAUGAGGCCGCUCAGUUAAGAAGACUGAACAUCAAGAAAGAUGAUGAGUUUUUCCACUUCGUCCUCCUCUGCUUUGCCAUCGGGGGUGUGCUGGUGUGCUACCACUAUUACGCAGACUGGUUCAUGUCCCUUGGAGUCGGCCUGCUCACCUUCGCCUCCCUGGAGACCGUGGGCAUCUACUUUGGGCUGGUGUACCGGAUCCACAGUGUCCUGCGUGGCUUCAUCCCCCUCUUCCAGAAGUUGAGGCUGAUGGGAUUCAGGAAGACAGACUGAGGCGAGGGCGGCUGCCAGGCCGGGCCCCGUGCGGCUGCCACCGCAUACCCCAAGCCCACGAGGACCGAGCGGCGUCUGGGAGACACGUGGGCAGGCCAGGUUAGAGGAGUAAAGAGCGCCUUUCCCUCUGUGUGGUCAGAACGUUGGCCACCGUGGGGCCACGGAAUCACUGGGGCGGUGCUGGGCGCAGUCCAGCGAUCAGAGUGGAAGCAGAGGGAGGUGUGGACCUGUGCCCACCUGGACCAGCAGGAGGAUUCUGACGUCGCUGCCCUGGAGCCAUCCUGGAGCAGACACUCGGUCCACUGCCCUGAAGCGGGGAGCCACAAGCCCGGCCCCCAAUGGUAAACCUGCUGCAGGGGAGAUGCUGGGGACGAAGGCCGUGGCACCCGGGCGCCUUCCUCCAGCCCCACCUAGUGCCAGCCCUACUGCCCUGGAACCCAUCAAAAGUCAAAUAAAUAUUUGUUUC